AUGCAGCAUCUCAAACCUAUUAAGAAUGUAUUCCUUUAACAAGUCUACAACCAGGGACGCAUAAACCUAGUUGUAUUGCAUGGUUUAUUGGGUUCAAAAACUAAUUUUAAAAAUAUAGUUAAUAAUGUUCACAUCAGCAAACAUUUGGCAUCAGCAUACUUGCUUGAUGUAAGGAAUCAUGGGGAUUCUCCAUAAACGUAAACGAUGAGUUACGAAGAGAUGGCAAAUGAUUUGAAGCACUUCAUUCUUGAUCAUAAUCUAUAGAAUGUUGUGUUACUGGGACACUCCAUGGGAGGCAGAAUCAUCUUUUCCUAUUUACAAAAUUACACAACUGAUUUGCCAAUUGGGAAUAUCAUAGUGGAUGUUGGACCUGGUGAAGGAGAGGGCAAAAAUUAUGUCAAACAAUUACAAGAUAUUGAUCUGAAAAACAAGACUUUGAAAGAAAUUGAAAAUAACAUAUUCUAGGUGGUGUAGAGCAAGGAAAAAACCAAUCUCAUCAUGACCAAUCUCACUUAUGCGAAUAAGGAAGAAUUUCACUCUGAUUAUAAGUGGAGGAUAAAUAUAGAUGUCAUUUCGAAAUUUAUGAGCAAUGCUCACUCAGAAUUCUAUAGUAAUUAUUAGGGCUCAGCAUUUGUGAUUUGUGGAGAAAAGUCUGAUUAUGUGAGUCUCAAUGAUAGAGAAUAGUUCCUAAAAGUGUUUCCAAAAAUAGAUAUCAAUCGAGAUAUUCAUUUUAUUAAAGGAGCAGGACACUGGGUUUAAGUUGAAAAGCCAAGGGACUUCAUUAAAUUAACAAGUUAAUAUUUAUCAUCAUUUUGA